CACUGUUAUCGGAACGUUACGUAUCACGUGAAUUGACAGAUAAAUAGGUGUUGUGAUAUUUUUUUGCUUGAAGUAAAGCUAAAACAAGAAAAAUGCUCAAACCAAAAGCAUUGACUCAAGUUUUGAGUCAGGCUAAUACAGGAGGAAUCCAAUGUACUCUGUUAUUAAACCGAGAAGGUACUCUACUCGCAUAUUCUGGUUACGGAGAUAAAGAUGCGAGACUUGCCGCCGCCAUUGCCAGUAGCAUCUGGUUGGCUUACGAGAAGAAUGGUCGAACUGCACUGAAUGAAGAUAACAUGAAAUUUAUCCUGCUAGAUUGUGAGGAAGGAAAAAUUGCAAUAACUAAAGUUGCAAAUCUCUUACUUUGUCUCCAUGGUAAAGAUAGUGUAGGACUUGGUAUGUUAAAAGCCAAAACUCAGGCACUAGCUGAAUAUCUAGAAGGCCCACUGAUGCAAGUGGCAUCGUCUUGAAAACACACGUUGUAAAUAAAUUAACUAAUAAUUAUUAUCGUGGAUUAAAGUAAUAUCUAGUCUAUGAUGCAGCAGAUGAACUUUUUAAAUAAAUACUUACAUUGCUAA